GCGACGGCAACAUGGAGAGCGGGGCCUACUGUGUGGCCAACGCGGGCGGCUCCUUCCACCUGCGGCGCUUCCUGACGCAACCGCAGGUGGCGGCGCGCGCCCUGUGCAGGAUCUUUGCCUUGAUCGUGUUCUCCUGCAUCUAUGGCGAGGACUACAGCAAGUCUAAGCAGAUGUACUGCGUGUUCAACCACAACGAGGACGCCUGCCGCUACGGCAGUGCCAUUGGGGUGCUGGCCUUCGAGGCCUCGGCCUUCUUGGUGGCCGACGUGUAUUUCCCCCAGAUCAGCAACGCCACUGGUCGCAAGUACCUGGUCAUUGGUGAUCUGCUCUUCUCAGCUCUCUGAACCUUCCUGUGGUUUGUUGAUUUCGGCUUCCUUACUAACCAGUGGGUGGCCACCCAACCGGAGGACGUGCCGCUGGGGGCCAACUCCACGCGGACAGCCAUCACUUUCAGCUUCUUUUCCAUCUUCUCCUGGGACGUGCUGGUCCUCCUGGCCUAUCGGCGCUGCAAGGCUGGCGUGGAGGACUUCACCCAGAACGACAUCGACUCCACCCCAGACCUCAACACUGCCUACGCCUCCUACCCAGGUGCAUCUGUGGACAACUACCAGCAGCUGCCCUUCACCCAGAAUGCGGAGACCACUGAGCGCUACCAGCCGCCCCUGUGUACUGAGUGA